GGGGGGAGGAGGCCGGGGAGGUGGAGGCGCCGGGCAGGUAGCAGCGGGCGGAGGAGGGGAAGCUACAGAGGCAGGAGUUGCCGCCCCCGCCGCCGGGGCCGCAGCCACUAUGCCUUCUCCCGCCGCGUGAGCCCGGAGCCUCCGCGCGCGGAUUUGUUGCUGUCACGGGCUGCGUAGCUCCGAGGUUUUACCGCAGGACAAAAACCAGGAAUGUAAAGAAGAAAUCAAAAUGGAUCCAAGUAUGGGUGUGAAUUCUGUCACCAUUUCUGUUGAGGGGAUGACGUGUAAUUCCUGUGUUUGGACCAUUGAACAGCAGAUUGGAAAACUGAGUGGUGCACAUCACGUUAAGGUUUCACUGGAAGAAAAAACUGCAACUAUUAUUUAUGACCCUAAACUACAGACUCCAAAGACCCUGCAGGAAGCUAUUGAUGACAUGGGCUUUGAUGCUAUUCUUCACAAUCCUAACCCUCUCCCUGUUGUAACCAACACUGUGCUUCUAAGUGCCAUUGCUUCACCGACUCUUCUGCCAUGGGACCAUAUCCAAAGUACAUUGCUCAAGACCAAGGGUGUCACAGAUAUUAAAAUUAACCCUCAGCUAAGAACUGCAGUGGUGACAAUAAUUCCUUCUUUAGUGAAUGCCAGUCAGAUAAUAGAGCUAGUUCCGGAUCUCAGUUUAGACACUGGAACUCUGGAGAAAAAGUCAGCAACUUGUGAAGAUUCUAGUAUGGCUCAAGCAGGUGAAGUCAUGCUGAAGAUGAAAGUGGAAGGGAUGACCUGCCAUUCAUGCACUAGCACCAUUGAAGGAAAAAUAGGGAAAUUACAAGGUAUUCAGCGAAUUAAAGUCUCCUUGGACAACCAAGAAGCUACUAUUGUUUAUCAACCUCAUCUUAUCACAGCAGAGGAAAUAAAAAAGCAGAUUGAAGCUGCGGGCUUUCCAGCAUUCGUCAAAAAGCAGCCCAAGUACCUCAGAUUGGGAAGUAUUGAUAUAGAACGUCUAAAAAACACACCCGUCAAAUUCUCAGAAGGAUCACAGCAAAGGAGUCCAUCAUAUACCAGUGAUUCCACAGUAACUUUCAUCAUAGAUGGCAUGCAUUGUAAAUCAUGUGUGUCAAAUAUUGAAAGCGCUUUAUCUACACUCCAAUAUGUAAGCAGCAUAGCGGUUUCUUUAGAGAAUAGAUCUGCUGUAGUAAAGUACAAUGCAAGCUUAGUCACUCCAGAAACUCUGAGAAAAGCAAUAGAGGCCAUAUCACCAGGACAAUAUAGAGUUAGUAUUGUAAGUGGAGCGGAGAGUACCUCAAACUCUCCCUCCAGCUCAUCUCUUCAAAAGAUUCCUUUGAACAUAGUUAGUCAGCCUUUGACUCAAGAAACCAUGAUAAACAUUGAUGGCAUGACUUGUAAUUCGUGUGUGCAGUCUAUUGAGGGUGUCAUAUCAAAGAAGGCAGGUGUAAAAUCCAUACUUGUAUCCCUUGCGAAUGCCAAUGGAACUGUUGAAUAUGAUCCUCUACUAACCUCUCCAGAAACUUUGAGACAAGCUAUAGAAGACAUGGGAUUUGAUGCUACCUUGCCAGGUACAAAUGAGCCAUUGGUGGUAAUAGCUCAGCCCUCAUCAGAAAUGCCACAUUCGACUGCAGCUAAUGAAUUUUAUACUAAAAUUAUGACACCAAUUCACAACAAGGAAGAGACAAAGACGUCAUCUAAGUGUUACAUACAAGUCACCGGUAUGACUUGUGCUUCCUGUGUGGCAAACAUUGAACGGAAUUUAAGACGAGAAGAAGGAAUAUAUUCUGUACUUGUGGCUUUGAUGGCUGGCAAAGCAGAAGUAAGAUAUAAUCCUACUGUUAUACAACCCCCUAUGAUAGCUGAGUUCAUUCGAGAGCUUGGAUUUGGAGCCACUGUGAUAGAAAAUGCUGAUGAAGGGGAUGGUGUUUUGGAACUUAUUGUGAGAGGAAUGACGUGUGCCUCCUGUGUACAUAAAAUAGAGUCUACCCUCACAAAGCACAGAGGUAUAUUCUACUGCUCUGUGGCCUUGGCAACCAACAAAGCACAUGUUAAAUAUGAUCCAGAAAUUAUUGGCCCCAGAGAUAUUAUUCAUAUAAUUGAAAGCUUAGGUUUUGAAGCUUCUUUGGUCAAGAAGGAUCGGUCAGCAAGCCAUCUAGACCAUAAACGAGAAAUAAGACAAUGGAGACGGUCCUUCCUUGUGAGCCUCUUUUUCUGUAUACCUGUAAUGGGACUAAUGAUAUAUAUGAUGGUUAUGGACCACCACCUUGCAACUCUUCACCAUAAUCAGAACAUGAGUCAAGAAGAAAUGGUCAACAUGCAUUCUUCUAUGUUCCUGGAGCGCCAGAUCCUGCCAGGAUUGUCCAUUAUGAAUUUGCUAUCUUUUUUAUUGUGUGUACCUGUACAGUUUUUCGGAGGCUGGUAUUUCUACAUUCAUGCCUACAAAGCACUGAAGCAUAAAACUGCAAAUAUGGACGUACUGAUUGUGCUGGCCACCACCAUUGCAUUCGCCUACUCUUUGGUUAUUCUUCUGGUCGCAAUGUAUGAAAGAGCCAAAGUGAACCCUGUUACUUUCUUUGACACACCUCCUAUGCUGUUUGUGUUUAUUGCAUUAGGCCGGUGGCUGGAACAUAUAGCAAAGGGUAAAACAUCAGAGGCUCUUGCCAAGCUAAUUUCACUGCAAGCUACAGAAGCAACUAUUGUAACUCUUGACUCUGAUAAUAUCCUUUUGAGUGAAGAACAAGUGGAUGUGGAACUUGUACAACGUGGAGAUAUCAUUAAAGUGGUUCCAGGAGGCAAAUUUCCAGUGGAUGGUCGUGUUAUCGAAGGACAUUCUAUGGUAGAUGAGUCCCUCAUCACAGGGGAGGCAAUGCCUGUGGCCAAGAAAUCUGGCAGCACAGUGAUUGCUGGUUCCAUUAACCAGAAUGGGUCACUACUUAUCCGUGCAACCCAUGUUGGAGCAGACACAACGCUUUCUCAAAUUGUGAAACUUGUGGAGGAGGCACAAACAUCAAAGGCUCCUAUCCAGCAAUUUGCAGACAAACUCAGUGGCUACUUUGUUCCUUUUAUUGUUAUUAUUUCUAUUGCUACCCUCUUGGUUUGGAUUAUAAUUGGAUUUGUGAAUUUUCAAGUUGUGGAAACCUACUUUGCUGGUUACAACAGAAGUAUCUCCCGAACAGAAACAAUAAUACGCUUUGCUUUCCAAGCCUCUAUCACAGUUCUGUGCAUUGCAUGUCCAUGUUCACUGGGUCUGGCAACUCCAACUGCUGUGAUGGUGGGCACAGGAGUAGGUGCUCAAAAUGGCAUACUGAUCAAAGGUGGCGAGCCAUUGGAGAUGGCUCAUAAGGUAAAGGUAGUAGUAUUUGAUAAGACUGGAACCAUUACCCAUGGGACCCCAGUAGUGAGUCAAAUAAAGGUUCUAGUGGAAAGUAACAGAAUAUCACGUAAUAAGAUCCUGGCCAUUGUGGGAACUGCUGAAAGCCACAGUGAACACCCUCUAGGAGCAGCCAUAACCAAAUACUGCAAACAGGAGCUGGACACUGAAGCCUUGGGUACCUGCAUAGAUUUCCAGGUUGUGCCAGGCUGUGGUAUUAGCUGUAAAGUCACCAAUAUUGAAGGCUUGCUACAUAAGAAUAAUUGGAAGAUAGAGGAAAAUAAUAUUAAAAAUGCAUCCCUGGUUCAAAUUGAUGCAAGUAAUGAACAGUCAUCAACUUCACCUUCCAUGAUUAUUGAUGCUCAGCUCUCAAAUGCUCUUUCAUUCUCAGAAGCUCUUAAUGCCCAGCACUACAAAGUCCUCAUUGGUAACCGGGAAUGGAUGACUAGAAAUGGUCUUGUCAUUAAUCAUGAUGUAGAUGAUUCUAUGACUGAACAUGAGAGAAGAGGUCGUACUGCUGUAUUGGUGGCAAUUGAUGAUGUGCUGUGCGGCUUGAUAGCUAUUGCUGAUACAGUGAAGCCUGAAGCAGAACUGGCUGUCCAUAUUCUAAAAUCCAUGGGCUUGGAAGUAAUUCUGAUGACUGGAGACAAUAGUAAAACAGCUAGGUCUAUUGCUUCUCAGGUUGGCAUUACUAAGGUGUUUGCUGAAGUUCUACCUUCCCACAAGGUUGCUAAGGUGAAGCAACUUCAAGAGGAGGGGAAACGGGUAGCAAUGGUAGGAGACGGAAUCAAUGACUCCCCAGCUCUGGCAAUGGCCAAUGUUGGGAUUGCCAUUGGCACAGGCACAGAUGUAGCCAUUGAAGCGGCCGAUGUGGUUUUGAUAAGGAAUGAUCUCCUGGAUGUGGUGGCAAGUAUUGAUUUAUCAAGAAAGACUGUCAAGAGGAUUCGGAUUAAUUUUGUCUUUGCUCUAAUUUAUAAUCUGGUUGGAAUUCCUAUAGCUGCUGGAGUGUUUAUGCCCAUCGGUUUGGUUUUGCAGCCUUGGAUGGGAUCUGCUGCAAUGGCUGCUUCUUCUGUUUCAGUAGUACUUUCUUCUCUCUUCCUUAAGCUUUAUAGGAAACCGACUUAUGAGAAUUACGAACUGCAUGCCCGGAGCCACAUGGGACAGAAAAGUCCUUCAGAAAUCAGCGUUCACGUCGGAAUAGAUGACACCUCAAGAAAUUCUCCUAAACUGGGUUUGCUGGACCGGAUUGUUAAUUACAGCAGAGCCUCCAUAAACUCACUACUGUCUGAUAAACGGUCCCUAAACAGCGUUGGUACCAGUGAACCUGACAAGCAUUCACUCCUGGUAGGGGACUGCAGGGAAGAUGACGACACUGCAUUGUAACAGGCCACAAAGAGUGCUCCGAGCUCCUGUUUUAUACACUGACACGGUAUACUUGAUGCCACCUUAGCUUUUCAAAAUAUUAUGAAAGGAUUUUGUAUGGGUUUUACACUCUUAUAUUAGGGAUUCUAUUUGGAUUGCAUUUUUCUGAUGACAAAAAUAUACUUUUCAGGGCAUCAGCUCUGAACCCAGUUUUAUUAAAAAUAAACUUCCGUUAUUUUUUGUUUUCACUAGCAACCAAUCAGGUAAGCCGGUGAGGUUUACAGCAAGCCCUGCAAUGGAAGAUUGCCAAACUGCUGCUAAAGUGAUAGAUGAUUCUUUUAUUUGA